UUUUGACAGGAUGACGUCAAAUUUGACGUCCGUUAUCUCGCUUGCACUUUUUCCUCACAACCAGCACCAGCCAGCGGCAAGUGUCAGUGCUGCAGUGCCAACGGCGGUGGCGGUGUGGCAAUCCAACAGUGAGUGAGGUUGUGGGCCAGACACUGGUGUCACCACGUCAGGAAGCACAAAAACCAACACGACACAGUCCACUGAUAGCCCACCGGCAGCACCAUCACUUUGUCACGUCAAUCACGACCGGCUUCCACGUCACGGAGCAAGCAUGUCAUCGCGUACGGGGCUGCGCCCUGCUGAGCGGCAGCACCGCAGCAGCAACCCUGAUCACCACCCGCGCCGCGAUGCACGCGCCAGGCGCCCCAAGGCCCGCCGACACGACAAGCCGCCGUGGGAUGACACGAUUCACGACCUUGACGAGUACAGGAUAUCGGCACCCACGCUGGAGCGGCGCCGCGCUGCGCACCAGUCGAAGCAUGCGCACCAGGCUGCGAAGCUGGUCAAGGGCUCCAAGCACCGCAGCAGCAGAACACAGCACCCUGUCGACGCCGCCUCUUCUCCAGUGCACCCGGGUCUCUUCCCACAAGGCGCCACCAGCAGCCCGCGCCCACCGCGCAGGAAACACAGAGGGGCGCGCCACGUGGCGCAGCUCGACACCGCCGCGCCAGGCGCCGUCAUCACAUCCAGCGACGCCGUUCGCACGACUCCAAAGAAGACGCACACCCCUCCUCACACAUACAUGACGCGCCAGAGCCAGCCAGCCAUCACCCGCGCACCCGUUCACCACGGGUCGGCGCCAUUUGAUGCAGAUGACAUUGACGCAAUCUACGAUGACGAGAGCACAUCUGAUUCUGUCGACAUGCUGGAUAACGAUGAUGAUGACGAUGAUGAUAUUGAUAUUGAUGAUGAUGAUGAUGAUGAUGUGGUCAUCACCCAUCAUGCUGACGACGACGACGAUGCUGAUGUGCUGUUGAGUGAUUCGAGCGGCACACAUCCACACCACCUCGUGCAACACAGGCCAUUUGGCCGCGCGCACAAGCACCACCAUCAACAGCACCACCACCCCCACCAUCCCCAUGGUGGUGUUGAGACGGGGAGCAGCAGUGUCGUGACGGGCGGGGCAGUGGACGGUGCACCCGCGCUCAACACGACCACCGCCGGAUUUGAGCGGAGAGCAGAUGGGCGCGUGGUGAUGGCGGGACACGACGUCUUGCUGCCCUCAACCGCACCCGGUCAUCGCCACCAGCAUCACCAGCAGCGUCGGCGGCACCACCACAACCACCAUCAACAACAACAACGUGGUGGUGGGCUGGUGGUGGCUGAUCCUGAUGAUACGCACAUCAACGCCAUCGCCCGCGCACGUGAACACCGCCGACACCGCCACCGCCGUGCUGGUGGAGACGCGAUCAACAGCGACGAUGGCAAUGGUGAUGGUGAAUACGGGUUUGGGCGUGGCGCUGGUGAUGAUGAUGACGAUGACGAUGAUGACGAUGAUGAUGAUGAAGAUGACGAUGACAGCUUGGUGGUUGGUAACGAGACGGGGCAGCUGCUGCGUGUGCUUCGUCCCACCCGCCACCACCCCCAUCCACACCAGCGCCGCCGCCGUCAGCGUCAGCGGCAGGCAACACGCGCACCCGAUCACCACAUGCACCAGAAGCAGCGCCAACCACAACGAAUGCAGCGUAGCGGGCAGGGAAAGGGUCUGGCAGUGGCUGCGGCUGCAACAGUGUAUUCUGCCGCACAGCACGACGACGAAUACACACACCCACACACGCGCAGGAGCAGCGAGUUCCAGCUGUUGGCACCAGAGCACUCGCCAGCCAGUGCCGAUCAGCAAACACAACAGCAGCAACACCAGCAACACCAACAGCAACACCAGCAGCAUAGGCAGAAGCACUCGCCUGGGUAUGCGCCAAAGCAACUGCAGCACUCAUCGCCACGGACUGCAGAAGCACAGCAACAACGCCCUGCUGAUGAUGAUGGUGAUGACGAUGAGUUUGUGUCGUAUGUUGACUUGGAGCGCUUCAAACGCGUUGUGUCUGAUCAUCGCAAACACACACCGCCCAGCACCCGCCACGCCGGCGCUGAUGCUGAUGCUGAUGCUGAUGCUGAUGCUGAUGGUCACGCACGCGUGGAGCAGCAGCACUUGUUGGGCAGAGACACGAGUGCGCACCAGGUACGCACCAUGCAGCGCGCCAGCUACGAGCGCGUGCAGCAGUGGGCCAUCCAGCAGUCGCAGGCGGCGAUGGAGGGGCUGAAACACCUGCAGGUUUCGGAACUCGACCCGGAGUCACCACACCGCUCCAUGACCAGAGCACACGCCCGAAGGAUCAGUGGUGGUGGUGAUGAUGAUGGUGGUGGUGGUGGUGGUGGUGGUGGUGGUCGACGUACGCGUGUGCGGGCGGAGCGGGAAGUGCUGCCAACGAUUAUGCAGUCCCCACAGCAGCCGGAGGAUGAUGAUGGUUGUGAUCAUCUUGGUGCCAGUCGUGGUGCCAAUGGUGAUACUGGUGUGGGUGGUGGCGAUGGCCGUCAGGACAACCUCGAUGAUGACAAUGAUGAUGAGUCGAUGGUGGAUGGUGCACUGCGUCGUCACCCCUUACCGCCAUCACCGCCACAGCACCACGAUCAACAACACGAACCUGGACAGAGGAUGGCAGUCCCUGAUGCUGAUGCUGACGCUGCCGCUCAAGAUGAUGCCGAUGAUGAUGUGUCACCAGUUGUACCAACAGCAGCGCAGCACCGAUCCCAUCGCCAACAACAGCAGCAACAUGCAGUCCGCACAACAACGGCCACACCUUCCUCUGGCAAACACAAGCUGACGAGCGAAGACGAGACAUACUACUCGCAGCACGCGCCGUCGCACAAGACGCGCUCCCCGCCACAGCAGCAGCAGCAGCAGCAACAACAGCAACAGAGUGAAGGCGGUGGCUUGUUGCCUGCAGGCAAGGGCGCGCGGGUUGGGGGCGAUGAGGAUGAACAUCGGGGAUCGCCGCUUUCGCUUGAAGCUCUCAAAUACGACGAGCACAAUGCACCCAAGCACCAUCCCCAGCCAAAGGCCGACGUGCAACAGCUGCAGCAGCGUCACCCGUUGCAUGCAGGCACAACUGCUCAUGCAACAGCGAUGCCUUCUGCUGCAAGAAGCGGCCAAGAUGUGACGGCGCCACCGCCAACGACAACAGCACCAAAGCCAAAACCAGCAGCAGCAGCAGCACCACCACCACCACCACAUGCGUCGUCGUCGUCGUCGCUGCCAGCGGGGAGCGGGUCCCGUCUUGAUUCGUUUUCGCGUCUGGGCGAUGCGUUGAGUCGGAGUGUUGCCGCAUAUGAACGCGCGAGCGGCCGUCCAGCCGUCUCAUCACCCCAGUUUGAUCGCACACGCACAGCACACGGUGCUCACGCUACUGCUGCUGCCGAUGCUGACGGUGUUCGUGAUGCUGCUCAUGAAGAUGAUGCGCAUCACGGUGGCAGCCUUGGUGCUGUCCACGGUGGCGGAGGUGGUGGUGAAGUUUACGCACGCGGCGCUGCAGCGAGCAGCCGUGCUGGCGGCGAUGGCGGGGAGGCGUUUGCUGUGUUCGCAGAGAAGAUGGUACUGCUGAUAACACGCCUGACAGGUUAUUUGGCGGACGGCGACCGUGCGCGAACGCAAUUGGAGCAGAAAGUCACGCGGCUUGAGCACAUCCUCAACAAGCAACAUGAAAUGCUGCAUCGCUUGUCCCAAACGCCACAACAGCAACAACCGGCAGAGGACGCGCGACAGGCGACAAAUGUACAGCAGAACACCGAUGUUCGCGCUCUCAACGCCAAGUUUGAUCAAAUGAGUGAACAAGUCAGGAUCAUUGCAGCGCGACUGAACGACGAGAGCCGUGCUCGUGCGCUCGCCACCACCACCACUGGCAGCAGCAGCCACGACAACACGAUGGCCAUGACCCAUCCCAUCACCGCCACUCCCCAGGCGCCGUCCAACCCGUCACCGCUACCGCAAUCUAGCCCACAGCACCAGCAGCGGCGCUUUGCACGUGGUAGCGGUGGUGACAAUGGUGGUUACGGUAACGCCGAGAGCGGUGGCACGGAUGAGCAUCGCAGCACGGCUGCGCUCCACGCGUAUAUGGUGGCAACAGAGAAGCAGCAGCAGCCGGCAUGGCAGUGGCCCCCAACAGCAGCAGCAACAGCAGGUGUUUUGACGACGAGGGCAGGUGGUACUGCUGUAGGUCGUGCAGUUGGAGGCGGCAGGAACGCCGUGUUGACCGACCACAUCCGUGACCACGCUGAUGAUGAUAAUGACGAUGAUGAUGAUGGUGGUGUGCUUGGUGGAACCAGGAGGGAGGUGAGUGAUGCCGCAACAACGCUUCCCAUCGCAGCGACGCGCCCGCCGCCAAUCGCCGCCAAGAACACGGCCAGGAAGAAUGCUGUCAACACACCUGUUGUUGCUGGCAGUGGUGGUGCCAACACACGCAUUGUCAACAACAACACCACCGGCCGCCGACACGACGGCGACAGCGCAACUGCCGCUCGUGGUGGUGGUGGCGAUGGCGAUGAUGGUGAUGCUGUUGCUCGUGAGAAGCAAGCACUGCUGCAGCAGCGGCAGCAAGAUGGUGGUGACAAUGGCAUUGGCAUCAAGACAAGCAGUCAUGAUGAUGAUGAUGAUGGCGGUGGGAAAGGGGAGGGAACAUCAGCACGCCUUCCCAGCGCAACAACGACAGCAACGGCAGCGGCAGCGACUGAACCAGCAGCAUUUGCACGGCGGCGGCAGCACCGCCAUCCUGCCACCAUGACGGGUGUUGUGGCGGAGAUUGGGAUGAAGAGCAGCAGCACGCCGCUGGUGACGACUGGGAAGACGGGACGUGCGGGACCAUCGCUGUCGCGGCGCACACGUGUCCACGACUCGCAUGUGUUUGAGGAGGUGCAGUGGGGGGAGGUGCCGCACGAAUCAACAGCAGCGUCGUUUGCCCGCAACCAACUCCAGGAGCUGAGCAUUGCUGGGCGCGGCGCCAACACCAAUACGGGCAACACUGGCAGUGGCAGUCGUGGUGGUGAUCGCAGCGGUGGUCGUGGUGGUGGGAUUGGCCGCACAGCACGUGCGCUCGGCGCUGCUCAGGGCAGCAGCAACAACAGCAAUGGUGGUGGCGGUGGUGGUGGUGAUGGCAACAACACGGGUGGCUUGGUGACACCUGGGGUGUCGUUGAUCAAGCAUUCUUCCGACACCUCUGGCCGCAAUUCCCCACUCGAAUCCGCUAUUCGAUCGGCGAUUCGGUCUGUUGGUCUCCCGUCCGAGCUCCACACCAGGGAGUGGAUUGCACGCUCUUAUCGUGGCAACGACCACCACCGCCGUCGUGGCGCUGGUGACGAUGAUGAGCAGACGAUGAGCGGAGGCUUUGAUGCGUUUGAGGAAGAUGGGAGCAUGACUCAGAUUGAGGACAUGCAGCUGCCAAGCUUCGCUCCUCAUAUCACCCUCUCGCACAAGGACGGCUACCGGGGCCUCAGCAGCGCUGCGCGUGGUGUUGGUGGUGGUGUUGGUGGUGGUCACGAUGGCGGUGGAUUCAACCCAGCAGCGACGCUGUCGUCGUCACUUCACAACCAGUUUGACACAGAUGCGUCCACGGUUGGCGGCGCAACAGCCAUCGAUGGUGACGGUGAUGAUAAUGGCGUGAAUGGGCGGCGCAGGGCAGAGGAUGACUUGGUUGCGCACGUCUUGAAUCGACUCCGCGCCAGCGCAACCGCCCUGCGGGAGUGAUUCCUUCGCCUCUGACCGUGUGUGUGUCUGUGUCUGUGUGUGUCUGUCUGUCUGUCCGUCCGUCUGUCUGCCCGUCUGUCCGUCUGUCUGUCUGUCUGUCCGUCCGUGUCUGUGUAUGUCUGUCCAUAUCUAUCUCCUAUAUUGUUACGACAGCUUUCUCUUCGUUGUUUCGUCCACUUGCGCCGCUGUGCCGUGCCUCUCAUGUGACGCUUGACACAAUUUGUCCCACAACACCAACGUUGUGUGCGAGCGCGUGCGUCUUGCCUUACGAUUGUAUUAUUUAUUUUUCGUAUGUUGUUGCCACAUCACGUCGUGGCGUUGCUGCUGUUGACCCAAGUUGACGGCGUGCACACGCUGGCAGUGUGUGAUGAUGCGAUUUGAGGUUGAUGUAUUUCUUGAGCUUUCACCCAACUUGUUUUGUCGUUUCUUUUCUUCUUUACUUCGGACUGUAUGCACUAUUGACCACAUGUGAAUGAAUGAACGCACACUGAUGC